UAGUAAAAUAUUCAUUAUAAACAUUUGUUUCUUCUGUAAUAAAAUCAGUAAUGUAGAUGUUUCUAGAAUAUAUAUCAAUAUGUGAUGUGAAGUGAAAUAUAAUAUUUAAUAAUGUCUGUGAGGGACAAAUGGGUUCGCCGGUUUUCAGUCGAUGAAACAUCGCGACAUAAAAAUGGAUUUACCAUCUAUAAGAUUACCUCCGUUUUAUUCCCAAUCGAAUCUCCUGAAGCAGUCACUGUUGUGUCGGUGUGGAAACGAUACAGCGAUGUGCAGCGGCUUCAUAAGAAUAUGAGACUCCUCCAUUCUGGUCUACAUUUGCGGGGGACUUUCCCUACUCUUCCAAAGUUCAGCUACUUCAAACGGUUUCAGACAGAUGUAAUAGAAGAGAGAGCAAAAACUAUUAAAACUUUGCUGGAGUUUAUAGCAGAACAUAGGCUGUUAUUCACAAGCAUGGAUUUUGUUGAUUUUCUACAGACUGGGUAUCCUGAACCAGAAAAUACGGCAGGUGGGGUCAUAAACGCUAUUAGAUCAUCCCUACACCUGCCCAUUGAGGAGACAAGUCCAUUGGAGUAUCAAACCGAUGAUGAAGACUCUAGAAGUCCAUCUCAUUCUGGACGAACAGAGCAUACUUCAGCUGAAGGUAAUCAACAAACCAUAGACACAGAUGAGGUAGAUUUUAUAUCACAGAUACCAAUAUACGAAGCGGCCGAUGUAGAAAUUCGAGAGUCGCCUAAAACUAGCCAAAAGUUAUCAAUUGCUGAUAGUUUUGAGUCUAUAAACUCUUUGGAUAGUAUAAACAGUCUCUAUGAUGAACUCAGCAAGGUGACCAUAGAGAAAUCGAAGCCCUGUAUCAAAGAUAAGUCCAUAUUGCCAGACUUAAUAAAUUUCGACGCACCAUCGACAUCCAAAUUUGAAGAUUAUCACACUAUGCCAAAGACAAGCAACAUAGAUUCUGAUACGUUGUCUUUGAAUUCAAACGAAACGGAUUCUAGAAGGAGUAGUUCUAGAAUGUCGCAUUAUAGCAAAAGAAGUGUGUUGUCUCUCUCUAAUGUUGAGAGUAAAACAAAGACGGAAGAUAGUUACGUGUUUGAAGCUGGAUAUAUGUUGAAUUUAGCAGCAAGAUGUGAAGAUGUGGGUGAUUAUCAGAGGGCAUUUGAAUGUUAUAAAUCCGGCAUUGAAAAGAUGCUUAUUGGAGUCCAAACCGAUACGGACACUCAAAGGAGAGCGUUGAUCAAAGAAAAAACCAACAAAUACCUAGCGUAUGCUGAAGCAAUCUAUAAGAAUCAUCUGUCGAAUGUUGAACACAGUCUGUUACCAGAGCGAGACGAAAAUGUGAGGGUGUUACAUUGUCCAAUACCGAUAUCGAUGUUGAAACGACCAUACGAAGACCUGUCCUCAUACAGGGUGCUCGCUAUACUCGGCUCCAGUAUCAUGCUGGUGUUGCAUAAGAGUGAGCAAUCGUGCUACGCUAUGAAGGUUAUACAAAAAAUACCAAACAAUCUAACUGAAUUCGACGAAUACUUCCUACAGAGGACGAACGAAACACGCCAGCCUAUUCUACCCACUGUCAUCCCUUACAUGGUACCACUGCAAGCGUACAUAGAAACAAACAAUUUGAUAUUCCUCAUAUUAGCGUACGCACCUGGCGAGAAAUUGUUUGACUACAUAAAGAAUUACGCAAAAUCCAUCCCUAACACGCCAGCGAGAGAGUUGAAUUUAGAAAACGUCUUUUCUGAACCAUUAAAGAUUAAAGAAUUUACCAAAAGUGGUGAUAUAGAAAAUGAUAAUAAUGUAUGUAAUGAUAAAUCAUUACAAGUAAAUAAAACUAGUUUGGAGAGUGUUAACAAUAAUGAAAGUAUUAUAAAGACUGACGAUUUAGGUAAUGAUCAACUAUCUGUUAAUGAAAUUGUGGUUAAUUCACAAAGGUUAAUCUCUAAUGUUGAUAAGGUAUUAAAUGAUACGAAAUUUGAUAAUAGUGAUGUAGAAAUUAAAGAUAGUAAAGGUGAUCUUGAGAGUGCUGUUACAGAAAACUCGUCAAUUGAUCGGCUGUCUCCAAGACCUCGUGAUGUGUUGCCUCCGUCAGCGGUUUGCAAGUGGGGAGCGGAAAUAUUAAUAGCACUUGAAAGUUUACACAACAGCGGAGUUAUAUGCAGAGAUCUCAACCCCUCGAAUAUUCUGUUAGGAGAUCGCGGACAGAUCAUCUUGACGUAUUUCAUCAGCUACCCAGGCCUGGACAUGGCUAUGUCCAAAUUACAGACAAAUCCGGACGACGUAAACAUGUAUAUAGCACCGGAAAUGUACAUAAACACAUUUGUCGAUGAUAAAGACGAGUCUAUGGAUAGAGUUUGUGAUUUUUGGAGCUAUGGUUCUAUUAUGUAUGAACUGUUGUGUGGUCUGCCGCUAUCAUAUUAUCACAGGAGUAUGUUCACAAGUCAUACGAUCCUGCAGCUUCCAGAUGGAUUGCCACUCGAAGUACAAUCUCUGCUCACACAGCUACUAACAUACGAGCCUUCGGAACGCUUAGGUGCAGGCAAAGAUGGCAUAGAAGAAAUAAAACGGCACCCCUACUUCAAAAACAUCGACUGGCAAUCUGUAUAUGACAGCUGGAUUGUACCUGACUGAUGUAACUAAUUAAUUAAGGCAAGAGAAUCUUCUACAGAUUUAGGAAAGAAAAAUGAAUCUCACUAUGUAAUACAAUAGUAAAGGUAUAGAAAAGAAAGAAGAAAAUGCUAUAUUGGAAAUUUCAUAGUACCGGUGGUUUAGCGGUUUAGAACACCGCCACACUUCAUGGUAGUCGCGGGUUCGAUUCUCGCCCGAUACAAACAUGGGUAUUUACUAUAAUAUAUUAUACAUGUAUUUACAAAAAUAUUUAAGAGUUUCUAACAAUUGUUUAGUAGCUAUAGUACAAGUUACGCUAAUUUUGAAUUAGAUGGCGCUGUGUUUUUUUUUAAAUUAUGCUAGGUUAUUAUUAUUUAUUGUAAGAUAGUUAAUUUAAAACACGAAAUAAAGAAUAAAACAUUUUAUUGUCAACCAAUCACGUAUACACAUUAUCUUUACAUUAUUAUAGCUAAACCAUCUAGACCAUAUACUGUUACAAACAAAAAGACGCAUCGAAAUCGGUCCAUUCAUUUUAGAGUUAUGCGAUGGACAUACAGAUUGAUAUAGUAUACUUAUAAAUUAAUUCACCGCGAGUUAACAACCCGGCUUAAUGAUAAAAUGCCCUAUAAUGAUUUUGAUGAUUCCUUUUUUUAGUCCAGACUACAUAUUUCCUAUAACAGUGUAAUUUGUUGCUAAAUUUACACUGUUGUUAGAAAUCUCGCCACUACCUCGUCAGCACGACCCGUCCGAUUCUAAUCGGAAAUGUGUGGCCAGGUUUAGUUCCUAAUUAUUUUGAUAUACACACUUAUGGUAUGUGUUGACUAAUUUUUUUUAUUUUAGUUAAUGACCAAAAAAAUGUUUAAGUAAAAUUAAUUUUAUUUUAUGUGUGGAAUUGAUAAAUGUAUGUGAUAUAUAUUUGUAAUUAGUAAUUUAAUGUAAGUGUACAUAAGGAGCUUUCCAUAAACUGAUUAGGAUGACGGCCUCGGUGGUCCAGCGGUUUAUCACACCGCUUUACAUCCGAUGGCCACAGGUUUGAUACUUAGCACGGUGCAAAUAUUUGUACUUUAGAUUGUUUGUAUCGGUCUGGUUAUUUUCUAUAUAUAUUGUGUAUGUAUUUUUUUUUUAAAAUAUAUGUCUAAGUAUUUAUACCAGUUGUCUAGUAUCCAUACAACAUGCUCUGCUUACAGUGGGACUAGAUGGCGGUAUGUUAAAUUUUCAGGGUUGUUUAUUUAUUAUUUUAUUUAUACAUGAUCAUGAAAUGUGAAUGUAGAAUGUCCAGAAUUUACAAUAGAAGGAGAUGUUAGUGAUAUGGACUAUUGAGCCCAUUGCUAGCAUUGUACCAUGUUGGAUUGACCUCCACGCGGUUCCCCCUGGAAACCAUCGUGAUACAUUCCUGGUGAAUAUGUCAUGUGCUAACUGACCUGACCUCGUGCUCAUCUUAUCAUCCUCCACUGGUGUCUCGCCAGAGUAAACAGUUAGCGCAGUUGGGUGCACCAUUCCAUUAUCAUCCAUAAAAGAAACCAGUUUUACAAUUUCACACUUUGUAGAUCUACCCUCAGCCCUA